AUGCACUGAGUCUUUGUGUGUGCAUUUUGGGAUUUGUUGUCCUUAAAGCCUUUUCCUGUAGUUAGCCUGCAUUAGGUGGUGGAAUCGUCCCUUCAAAGAAAAACACACGUGAAUGUAUUGAUCAGGAUUGUGAGACUUUAUGGAAACAUGUCAAAGAAACGGGGAAGGAAGCGUAGCAGCGAAGAGUUGAGUGAGAGCUCGGCAUCCACCCUGUGUCCCGACCCGGACAACCUGCUGGGCCGGAGAAUUCAGCACAACUGGAGGGAGAAGGGGAACGUGACCAAGUGGAAAGGCACGGUCCUGGAGCGGCUGACUGUCAACAGCUCCCUUUACAUGGUAAAAUACGACGGCUUUGAUUGUGUCUACGGCAUCGAGCUGUUCAAGGAUGGCCGAGUGUCCAACCUGCAGCUAUUGGCCGAGAAAGUCGUGAAUAAUAAGAUCAAGGUGCCUCCUGGGGCGGAAGAGCUGGUUGGCCGGGCGGUGGAACAUCUGUUUGAAAAGGAGGACGGCGAGAAAAAUGAAUGGCGAGGCAUGGUGCUAUCCCGAGCCCCCAUCAUGACUCACUGGUAUUACAUUACCUACGAGAAGGACCCCGUGCUCUACAUGUACCAGCUGUGGGACGAUUACAAGGACGGCGAUCUGCGUGUUCUUCCCGAGUCAGAGAACAAACACCUGCUCCCAGCAGACAGGAAGCCAGGGGAGGAGCCGGAGAGCCUUGUGGGUAAACAGGUGGAGUAUGUCACAGAUAACGGCCUAAAAAGGACGGGCCUGGUCAUCUACCAAGUCCCGGCCAAACCCACGGUGUACUACAUCAAAUACGACGACGACGUCCACAUUCACGUGUAUGACCUGGUUAAAACCACCUAGUACGGACUGUCCCGUUCACCCAGCCAGUCGUUACCGGUUGAAGUGUUACGGAGUUUUUCUUGACCCGCGAUGGAAGAAAAUGUGCAGAAGAUGAUUAUCUUUCAUUUCCAGGCCUCCAGAGGUUUUUAUUUACAUUCUCACAUUACAUGCAUUUUCAAUGUGAAGUGGUUUGACUCUGAGGUCAUCUUCAAUGUAAAUAAAACUGUUGUAUAGCCCAGCAGGUGAAAUCUCACAUACAGUAUACUGCGCAAAAUUCAGCUACUUUUUGUAAAGACAUUUGGCAACCUAAGAGAAUUGGCUUUCUUACACAUCCAUGUUUGGUAAUUGUACUUGAUUUCACUUAUUCUUGUGAUUGAUUUCAUAUGAAAUACUUGGCUGUCCUGUUUGUGCUUGAUGACGUCUUACUUGGUAAGCCUCAGUUUGUUGAAUACAACAGUAACAUCCAUUUGAGUAAUGGGCUGAUUUUACCAUCACAGUGAACUCAAGAUUUCAGUUAUGGAGUCGUAUGGACAUUGAUUAUGUCCCAGAUUUAUUCAGAAAAAAAUAAGUGUAUGAUAUUUCUGUUUUAUUGUGUAAACUGCAAGUUUUCUACUCUCAGUAAUAUAUCAGAUAUACUAAUGUUUAUGUCCAAUUGCUUCAGCAGUGUUUAUGUUCUAUGCUAUUUAUGUUAAAUUGGCUACCAACAGCGUUUCUUUUUUUGCAUUUGAUGCCAUCAUUAAUGACGGAAACGAAAUAGUGUGAUUAUGGCCUCAAAAUAUUGCUAAUUGUGUAAUAUGUUCUGUUCUGUACAUAUAAAUUGAAUCAUUUUUAUGAACCUAAUCACAAUGUUUUGAAUGUGUGUUCUUUUUGAUAGUAAACCAACAGUAAUAUGAAAUAUGCUAAUUAUAGUUGCUGCUGCAGUAGUUUCCCAUAGGACUGCAGUCUAUCAGUGGCACUGGGGCAGCU